AUGCCUGUGGCCUGGGCGGACCAGGACGGAGAAACCAACAUACAGUUUGCUCGGGGAGAAUUAGUAUGGAAGGAGCCAUACAGGCACUGUUACAAGCAGUGGCAGUCCAACAAGAGGAAACUAGAGCUCAACAAGAUCAUCAAGAUGCAAUACGAAUGCAUCAGGACACGCUGCAGGUACAGCACAGCACCAACCAGCUGCUCAGAGAGGAGCAAGAGAGAAACACCCGGGAUGUCAGUGGCAGGGCAGAAACUGGACCAGGAGAUUUCAUGGACUAGGACACAGGGAGAGGCUGUCUCCUUCAGCUGCAAAGGCGUUGAUCAGUGUAAUACGUAUUUAUUCUGGUACCAGAAGAAGGAGGGAGAACCUUUUACCUUGAUUCUCGACAUCCAAAAGAGUAACUGCGCUGUCGAUGCACGUUACAACCAUCCUCAAAAAGAUGACUUCUCAGCCAUGAGCAAGAAUAACAACUGUGAUCUAAAAAUUCAGUCAGUUAAAGCGUCCCAUUCUGCCAUGUACUACUGUACCUGCAGGGUCUCAGGAACCCACAUUGUAUUUGGCUCUGGCACAAGACUUUAUGUGACAGACAACAAUCACGUACUUGAACCCAAAGUGACGGUCUACCCAGCGUCCAACCCUGAUUCGAAUGGGAAGACCACCCUGCUAUGUCUGGCCAGAGACAUGUUUCCAGACUUGGUCAAGAUUUCAUGGAAGAUGGAGGAUGCAAACGGCCGAACAGUGGAGGUGCCCAAAGCAGAGAGGGAAGUGCUGGAGCAGAGGGAGGAAGAACAGACGACCAGUAUGAUCAUCAUUGAUAAAGAGAAGACGUACAGGAACAAAUACAUCUGUUCUGUGGAGCAUGAAGGGGGCCGCAAAGAUGUUGAGAUACCAAAAGAUAAACCAACUGAAGCUCCUCCAACCACCAUGGCUGCACCAACCUGUCUGUUCAGAAAUGACACGCAGGAGCCACUGACUCUGCAUCUUACCGACGAUUCCUUUCAGUCAACGUUUAGUCUGAACCUGGCCUCUGUGGUUUACACAGUGAUGAUAGUGAAGAGCAUGGUCUACUGCUGUGGGAUCUCUGUCCUGCUGCACCACAGGAGCGUGAGAAAAGGACCCAGCACCUGCAGACACAUUCAUUGAAAGGAUACCCCCACCCCCCACCCCAGUAUGGAUAGAGUUAUAGAUAGAGUUGUAGUGGGCUGGGAAUAACAUGGAUUUUACAUCCCAUUGAGGUCUAACAUUUCAUUUGUAUUGCUUUUAUUUUUCCUGCUUUAUUUUUUAGACGCUACAAUAUUGUGAGCCAUAGAUUUCCAUGUCUUCCAAUAGCUUCAACUACCAAAUAUGACAUUAAUUGCAGCACAUUUAAUUUUGUAUAUGGUGUAUUGUUUCCCUCCUUAUGUGGUAGCUAUCCACUGCAGACACAUGAAUAAAGGUUACGUUUUCUGAUAAAUAAGCAGAGCAAAUCUUGAAGGUAGAUCAAUUAUUAUUUUAAUUUAGACUUGUUUAUUAAAGUUGCACUGCAAUAUGUCAUUUUGGUAGGCCUAAAUUAUUUUCAAAAAAAACGGUAUUUCAUUUAUACAAAAAUAUUUACCUAAAUAUUAUAUUUACCUACAUAUGUCAUUAUUAAAUAUGUAGGCCAAUGAGUUCUAAAUAUGUAUCAUUAUCCAAUAUAAUAUUUAGUAACUUUUCUUGUAUUGAAGUGUAAUUUCUCUCAAGAAAUAAGAGUUUGUUUUCUAACGUAAUAUUUCAUAUGUUAAUUAAAUGAUCAAUGAAUAAUAGAAAAUCCAGCUUUUAUUUUUGCUUUAAAGAACUAAAUGCUGAGUGCUUAUUGAGCAGACAAAUUGGUCUAUGCGUGAAAUCAUUUACUUGUGCUUUUUUACAUUAAUACAAUGUUGUUUUUUUACAUUGAUACAGCUUUUAUGAAGAGUGACAUUUUCUUUGAGUAACAAAGCCUGCUCAAAUUAACCAAGUUGCUCAAAAUUACCAUAUCCUUUCAGAUGAGGAUGGAUUUAAUAAUCGCUGCCUUCGUGAACGAAAGGUUACAACAACAAAGGUUCUGCAAAAUUAUUGUAAAAAAACGUUUUACAAUUCCGUGCUGUUUUGUAUGAAUAAAGGUUACUUAAACCCCCCAAAA